AUGGCAUCCACGUCAAAAGAUAACGUUCAAGCCAGCACCAGCGGCCAGGGCAACCCUGCAGACGAUUUAGAACCGGGUGCAUGUCCGGAAAGCGUAUUGAACCCCUCGGAUUCCUUCGAAGAAUUUGCUUCAGAGAUGAGUUCUAGCCUCCAAGAAAGAAAUAUAAAUUUAAAAUCAAAAAGCAGUACUAUAUCAGAAAUUCAAAGUGAAAUAUGCGACGGAAACAAAGAUAAUACUGAGAUAACUAGUACAAAAUCAAGUGAUGAUUUACAAAGUAAAGAUGACCAAAUGUCUGCUUUGGCAAGCAGCUGUAAUUUAAGUAAUCAAAAUGGUGAAGACUCUGAUAAUGAAAAAGAUGACUAUUUACAGUCACCAGAACUUGUUAAUAAAGAAAAGCAUGUCUUUGUAUUGAGUUCUGCAGGCAAACCAAUAUACUCUAGAUAUGGAAAUGAAGACAGACUGGCCGGCCUUUGCGGAGUUAUUCAAGCUCUUGUGAGUGUGGUGGAGGAUCAAAAUCAAGAUAUACUAAGGUCAAUCAUAACUAAGGACUGCAAAGCGGUGUUCUUAGUGAAAGGCCCUUUGAUUCUAGUAGCUGUUUCUAAAUCAAAUGAGAGUGAAACUCAACUUGUCUUACAGUUGACAUAUGCUUUCAAUCAAAUAGUAUCUGUGCUCACUCUUACACAAUUAAACAGGAUAUUUGAACAGAGAAGAAACUAUGAUUUAAGGAGACUCUUAUCUGGUGCUGAAAGACUAAUUGAUAAUUUAUUUAUAUUCAUGGAAAAGGAUCCUGCUUUUUUAUUAGGUGCUGUCCGAUGUUUACCAUUGCCAGAGAAAGCGAGAGAAAACAUAACAAAUGCUAUAACCACCACAUGUCACAAAAUCAGAGAUUUAGUAUUUGCUAUACUCAUAGCUGGUAACCAAUUGAUAACGCUGGUCCGUAUGAAGAAAUACACUCUGCACCCGUCCGAUAUACAUUUGUUAUUCAAUCUAGUGAGGAGUUCGGAAUCUUUUAAGACAGCAGAGAGUUGGACGCCCAUUUGUUUGCCGAAGUUUGAUGCGACAGGUUUUCUCCACGGUCAUGUUUCAUACAUCUCUGAGGAUUGCCAAGCAUGUUUACUACUAUUGACAGUACAGAGGGACGCUUUCUUCCCUCUCUCUCAGGCAAAACACACUAUAGCAGAGAAACUAAGACGGUCUAAUUGUCUCGUAGCUAUAAACGACGCCCUGAACAGAAACCAAGAAUUACCAACUACAAACCCCUUGAAACAUAUUGGUAUACCUGAAAUCAGACAUUUUAUGUACAAAUGUAAAUCGACAGCCCAACUUUUUACAUCAGAUCCUAUAAGUUUAGAUCGAUUACAAGAUUAUAGAAUCAGGCAUAAAGAAGGUGGAGAUGUCAGUGAAAAGAAAAUCGAGAAGUUAUCAGAUAUAGACUAUGUAAGGAAUUAUAGGAAGUUUUGCAGUAAAAUUCAUUGUACGUCGUCGCCGGCGAAAUUGAUAUUUAGGUCCAAUUCGGAUGACACUGUGUUGGCAUGGGUAACAAACGGUUUCGAGUUAUACGUCACGUUCGACGCCCUCAUGGAGAAGGAUCAAGCAAUAAAAGCUGUGGACAGAUUACUGCGAUGGAUCAAACGUGAAGAGCAAAGGAUAUUCAUAAUGAAUGCGCCAACUUUCUAG